GUGGAAGUGUGGGUUGUGGUUACAGGUCUCGUAAAUGGUAAACUGUAAAAGUCUUGUAGCACCUUUUGCCACCGUAUAUUCGUUUUCAUACGGAAAAUGACUAGUGAGAGUUUUCAUUUGGAAAGAUCGAAAAGAAACAUGGCAGGCGAUGAGCUGCUGCACGCGGUAGAAUCGCUUGGUGAGACGCCAUUUCGCCAGGUUGAUCCACAGAAAAGAUCGCGCUUUAACCAGCGCGACUGCGAGAAGCUCAUGCUGAUCGUGGCAUGUCGAAAGACGUAUUCUGCGCCGCACGGGACUGGAGAGACGGAGUGGCAGGGUGUUGCAGACGAGCUCAACACCGCCGUUGGGGCAUCGUUUUCGAGCAGAUCUUGCCGUGAUAAGGUAGCUGCGCUACUUAGGGAGCAUGUUAAAGCUUCCGCUGUUAGCCGACGUGCUAGUGGUGUAGCUGAAACACACACUACGUUGAGCGACUAUACUGAGGCUUACCUCCAGCUCAAGACCAGCUUUGAGGAGAAACGAAAUGCUGAAAAGGACAAGAAGACACGCAGGGCAAAGCGCCUUGCAUCUGCUGGUGGGAAAGCGAUGCAUUUAAACGACGCAGGACUGGACAAGGACCGCGAGAGGCACUAUCGGUGGCAGGUUCGAGUGAUGGCAGCGACCACGGCGAACAAGAUGAGGGUGCCAACUCCGAUGCUGAAGUACGUUCCUUCCUUGGUAGCGCUUACAGUAGUGAAGAUGAGGAAAAACAGGAGGAGGGUUGCUCAAGCGAAAGUGAUGAAAGCGAAGACCAGGAAGACACAAGUAGUCGUAACAGAAGUCGCCUGCGUGUAAGUGAAACUUGGGCAAGGGAAGCAGCGAUGAUGGAGAAGGAGAGAGAGCUUCAAGCAUCGCGUGACCGGAACAUCGAGAGGGUUCUCGAAGCACUACCAAGAUGCUGUUUGAUGAGCUAAAAACCAGCCGCAUCAACGACAUCAACAACCAGCAUUAGCUGCAAGCAUCGAGUAACUCUAUUGCAGCUCCUACCAAGUUUUGAUUACAACUCAAAGUGCUAUAACUUCACAUCAAGGAAAAUAUAAAAGCUUUCUUUUAAACGU